AUGGUCAACUUUGUAAGGCCAAAUCUUCUUGGUAGUCUUGAUGAAUUUAAAAGCCGUUUUUCUAAUAUAAUAAAAUGUGGAAGGGCAAAAGAUGCAAGUGCUUACGAUGUUCGUCGCAUGCGUAGAAGAUGUCAUGUACUUUUUGAUCGACUUAAAUGUGUCUUGGAUUGGCGGGAUUAUAGUGUUUUGAGGUUGUUUUGUAAAUAUUUCUACUUUUAUUUGAUUUUUAAAAGGAAUUCUCUUCCUCCAAAACAAGAAUACGUCCAAAUUGAUUUGUAUAAAAAAUAUUUGGAUUUUCGAAAUUUAAUCGAGGAAAGACGUUGUGCAAGCGGUGAAGUCGGUAUUAGACUUCUUUAUGAUCAUUUGAUUCUUUAUCGUGUUUGGACGCAUCCAUAUCUUUUGGUAGAAAAAAUGAAACUUGAGCAAAAUAAAUCUUCUCAAACUGCAAUUGAUGAUUUUAUUGUUGAUGAUUAUGUAUCUGACACAGAAAGUAGUGAUGCUGAUGAUAUUGUCGUUAUGAAUAAUCCCUCAACUUCUUACAAUAAAAAUGAGUUCGAAAGGAAAUCUUUGAAGAGAAUGCAUAAUGAUCUCAAAAUAAAUAAUUCUUCACCUUCUUUAGAAAAUUGGGCAAAAGAUUUAGUUUCUGAAGAUGAUCGAGAUAAUUUUGCUUUAAGCAACAAAUUACUACUUCUUAUUGAAAUUAUUAAAAAAUGUGAAAAGAUUGGAGAUAAAUUGUAA